CCCUGUUAGACUUGGCCCACCACAUGCUGCCCUUAGCCCAGGCAACCAUGUGGCCGGCCAUUCUGCUUGCCCUCUGCUGCCUGACUUCCGACACCCAUGGGGCACACUCCCCAGAUUUUUGUUCCAAAGAUCUAAACUCCAGUGUGAAACCAGGAUUUCCCAAACCAAUAAAGACCAAUAACCCAGGAGUGCUGAAGGCGGCCAGGCGCAGUGUGGAAAAGUUCAACAACUGCACAAACGACAUCUUCCUCUUCAAGGAGUCCCGGGUCAACAAAGCCCUGGUACAGGUGGUGAAAGGCCUGAAAUAUAUGCUGGCGCUGGAAAUCGGCAGAACUACAUGCAGGAAGACCAUGCACCCCCGUCUGGACAACUGUGACUUCCAAACCAACCCUGCCUUGAAGCGGACUCUGAACUGCUACUCUGAAGUCUGGGUCAUACCCUGGCUCCACAGCUCUGAAGUACCUGUUCUCCGCUGCCACUGACUUCUGUCUCUUCAGCAAGACCAGGGCUGUGCCCCCUACUCCCUACUUUCCACCCCAGCCUGGCCACCUUGAUCCUCAGGGCCUUCUCACCAGUAAGCAGAUGGAAGUGCCAGUGGGUCAUCAGGUGAUGAGAAUGGGUGAAUGUGGUGCCCUCCUGGCCAGAUUAACUGUAUUCACAUUUUCUUCUAAAAUUGAUUCUUCUGGUGCUGCACACCCAGAUUCAGAUAGACAGAAUCCUUUGAUGGCAUUACUGGAGCAUGGGUAGAGCAAAGCAGAUACAGUCAACAAGGUGGCAGUAGUGUGGAAGGCUUCCUGAUAACUGACUGAACAGAUUCUGAAUCCAUCUCUUGUCUACCA